AUGUCUGUUCCAGAAAACCUUCUUUUUACAUCGACCCUUAUUUCACCUGAAGUUCAGGCAGCUUUACCUAAAGGUUAUAGUAUUCGACCUUUAUCUAGUGAUGACUAUGAACGCGGUUUCCUUGACGUGCUUUCUGUUCUUACAGUCAUAGGAAACAUCUCUAAAGCUCGAUUUCUCGAACGUUUCUUUUACUUGAAAGCGCAUAAUCACGAAUAUUUUACUCUCGUAAUUGUUUCUCCCGAAAACCGUAUUGUUGGGGCUGGAACAAUAUUCAUAGAACGAAAAUUCAUUAGGAACACUGGACUUGUUGGACAUAUUGAGGAUAUUGCUGUUGACAAAAAUCAACAAGGAAAGAAACUUGGUUUAAGGGUUAUUCAAGCCCUCAAGUAUAUUGGAGCUAAAACUGGAUGUUAUAAAGUCAUAUUGGAUUGUUCUGAAAAGAACGUUCCCUUCUAUGAAAAAUGCGGAUUUCAAAAAAAAGAAGUUGAGAUGGCUUGGUAUUGUGACGAUAACUCUACAAAAGCUAAAUUAUAA